ACGAUCAAAUAAAUUUAUUGUAUUUUUCGCGUGGCUUAACCGUUCCUCACAAAUUUCCCUAUUACGUGUUCCAUGAGUGAUUGACAAGUCUAAGUACAUUUUGUAAAGAACGUUACGGAAUAAAUCUUACGUUAUUUUGCACAUUGUAUCCUUUUAUUCUGUUAGUGUCAGGCAAUACCAGGUUACUGAAGCCUCGCUUAGACGGGCCAUGUUGCUGUCCAUAGAGAGACGAUGUGGACCUUUAUUGUGUAUUUGUUCAGGCUCAGAAGCUUUGAGUUUGUGCCGUUUCUUAUCCUUAUCUGAGUACAGUGCCGAGAACGAGAUUAUCUUGUUGGUAGUUAUUGUAGGUAUUAGCCUCUUAGUUAGGAAGUUUCCUCGGGAGUCUUGAGUUACGCAAAGAAAGCAAAAGAUGGGGCUGACUGAAUGAGAUAGCGCGAGAAACUCAAACAGUGGAGAGGUAUCACAGUUCCAUUCAGUUUUAUUCUCGCAGUCGUGUGCGGACCAGUGCGGACACUCGUGCAUCUUGCAUGCCGAUUUCAGCUUCUAUUUGCCCUCUCCUUCACUCAUACACAUAUAUAGUAAUCGAACAGUCAUUCCACGAACGAAAAAUGAAGGUUCUCUCCACUGAGAUAUCGUUUCUCUGCAUGUUACUCACCGCUACUGCUCAGCCGAUCAUGUAUUGGGAGCUAAGGGGGUUGCUUCUCGCGGACGAGCAGCGCACUAACCUUGGCGGGAGUCUCAAUUUCGAAAUUGGUGAACGUGCCGCUAACGAUAUAUUGAUGAGUGCUAAGCAGAAGGAAAUCAAUGAAGCUUUUGCCGAAUUGACGACGUUCCUACCGGCGAGAAAUUUCAUGAAUCUCGUCGAAAAUAUUACGGAGUCCGAGGUCUUUAAGAUAAUAGAAAAGAUGCCGAAAGGCGGCGUGCUUCACUGUCACGACACUGGCAUGACUUCCGAGGAUUAUAUAUUGAAGAAUAUCACUUACCGUGAUAAUCUCUAUGUUUGCGAGAUCAAUGGCAGCCUGUCGUUCAGAUUCUUUGACAGCCCGAACGACCAUUGCAACUGGGAAUUGCUGAGUGCGCUGAGGGAGAAGAUGAUCCAUGCCGAGAACAUUGACCGACGCAUUCAUCAGCAGAUUUCAAUGAAAGUCGAUAACCCCGAGGACGUCUACGCGAACAGCAGCGUGGCUUGGCUGAAGUUCCAGAGCAUCUUUGCUACGAAUAAUCCUUUGCUGACCUACAGGCCGAUAUUCUUCGAUUACGUGUAUCAGGGACUGCAGGAGUUGUACGAUGACAACGUCUUCUAUGUGGAGUUGAGGACAACGUUGCCCCAUCUGUAUGAACUGAACGGCACGGAGUAUGGGCCCUUGGAGACGAUUAGGGCCUAUAAGGAAAUUGCUGAUAGGUUCAUCGCUGAUCAUCCGGAUUUCAUUGGCCUCAAAGUGAUCUACGCUCCACCGAGAUUCGUAAAUCUCACUAGGUUCGAUGAAUACGGGAGAAUCUUAAAGGAAGCUAUAAGAAAUUAUCCAGGCUUUGUAAUCGGAUUCGAUCUCGUUGGCGAAGAAGAUGCGGGACACCCUCUCUCGUAUUUUGCAGACAAAUUGCGAACUUUCCAUUCGGAUAUUAAGUUCUUUUUCCAUGCCGGAGAGACGAAUUGGUAUGGAACUUCGACCGAUAACAAUUUACUCGAUGCCGUUUUGCUCAACACCAAGAGAAUCGGCCAUGGAUUCGCCCUAACGAAGCAUCCGAGGGUUUUGGACAUUGUAAAAAAAAGAAAAAUCGCCAUCGAAGUCAAUCCCAUCUCCAACCAAGUACUCCGACUGGUGACGGAUUUGCGAAAUCAUCCUGCCAGCGCGCUCUUCGCUGAGAAUGUUCCUGUGGUUGUGUCGAAUGACGAUCCUGGCACAUGGAGCGCCAGAGCUCUGAGCUACGACUUUUACGAAGCCUUCAUGGGAAUAAUGUCGGCGAAUGCUGAUCUAAGGUCGUUGAAGCAACUGGCGCUCAAUUCCAUUGUCUUCAGCGGCAUGGAUUAUACCGAGAGAGCGAGAGCGCUGACGCUUUGGAAAAAGAAGUGGGCCAAUUUCAUCGGUGACCUGGUGGCAGGCAACACGGUCAUUUGCGCAUGAAAACUGACUUUCACGCGUCUUCUUGGUGAAUAUAACCAGACGUAGUACAUCGUGUUAAAUCGAACGAGAGCCGAGAAUCUUUAUUAAUUUUUUAGGAUUGAAUACCUCCUGCGUGCAUUCUACGAAUCGGAAAGUUCAAUUCGCUAUUUGUUGAAGAAGAUUAAAGGCUGAGUAAGACGUCUUUAUUAUCUGCAAAGAUAUCAUUAGAUUUUUCUAGCGUUUUUAAAAUAAGCUAUAUUACACUCGAAGGUCGAAACUUACCCACAUAAAUGUACUAAGAGACAGGAUGAAGAUUCCGUUACAGGAAACGUUGAGUUCCCGUUGACUCAUGAGGAUUAUGAGCUUUAGACUUUUUUUUUCCUUUGGAGAAAAUUUAAUCCAGUCACUCUUGUAUACUGUGUCACCUAUGCUUCUGCUCUGUUGGCAUAAGGCAGGAUCAUUUAUAUCUCACGUGUAAUUAUUUUCAUCGAUGAAAUCAACAUUGGCGCACGACAAUAAUACAAACUGCACCAACUGUGGCUAAUCUCGGCUGUAUGAUUAUCAAUUGCAGAAAUCGUCUGAUUAUGCAAAAUUAUACGAUUAUUACUCUUUUCUGAUUUAUCAUUAUUGACAGGCUUAAGGAAGUCUUUUGGUAAGACUUUCUUAUCGAGACGAACAAUUAAGCAUUCGCGGGUCAAGUGGUAGAGCUCGGUCAGCACAUAGCAAACGGUCAAAUGAUUGGAGGAGCAAAGGAUCAUAGGAACCAGUUGCCUCCAGAGUAUUAUUGAUCACGAAUAUUUAUGUGACCACUGCUGCGGAUCAAAUGUGAAAUCUAUGUAAAUUCAAUACAUCGAACGUUUAACCGUAUCCAUUAGCAAAUGCAGUUUAUUCGAUUGUAAGGUGAAGAUAGAUAUUUAAUUGUUGUAUAAAUUUACUGAAAUAAAUUACGAGAAAUGGAGAAUUAAA